CACAGCGGCCGGAGAUGCAGCGGGGUGCCGCGCUGUGCCUGCGCCUGUGGCUCUGCCUCGGACUGCUCGACAGCGAGCGUGGCCUGGCGAGUGGCUACUCCAUGACCCCCCCAACCCUGAACAUCACGGAGGAGACACACGUCAUCGACUCCAGUGACAGCCUGUCCAUCUCCUGCAGGGGGCAGCACCCCCUGGAGUGGGCCUGGCCAGGGGCUCAGGAUGCACCAGUCACAGGGGAGAAGGACGGCGAGGACAUGGGGAUCGUGCGAGACUGUGAGGGCACAGAUGCCCGGCCCUACUGCAAGGUUCUGCUGCUGCAGGAGGCCCACGCCAAUGACACGGGCAGCUACCGCUGCUACUACAAGUAUAUCAAGGCUCGCAUUGAGGGCACCACUGCAGCCAGCACCUACGUAUUUGUGAGAGACUUGGAGCAGCCAUUCAUCAACAAGCCGGACACACUCCUGGUCAACAGGAAGGACUCCAUGUGGGUGCCCUGCCUGGUGUCCAUCCCCGGCCUCAACGUCACGCUGCGCUCGCAAAGCUCAGCACUGUGGCCUGAUGGGCAGGAGGUAGUGUGGGACGACCGCCGGGGCAUGCGUGUGCCCACUCCCCUGCUGCGUGAUGCCCUGUACCUGCAGUGUGAGACCACUUGGGGCGGCCAGGCCUUCCUAUCCAACCCCUUCCUCGUGCAUAUCACAGGAAAUGAGCUCUAUGACAUCCAGCUGUUCCCCAAGAAAUCACUGGAGCUGCUGGUUGGGGAAAAGCUGGUCCUGAACUGCACUGUGUGGGCCGAGUUCAACUCGGGUGUCACCUUCGACUGGGACUAUCCAGGAAAGCAGGCAGAGCGGGGUAAGUGGGUGCCAGAGCGGCGCUCCCAGCAGACUCACACAGAGCUCUCCAGCAUCCUCACCAUCCACAACGUCAGCCAGCACGACUUGGGCCCAUAUGUGUGCCUGGCCAACAAUGGCAUCCAGCAAUUCCAGGAGAGCACUGAGGUCAUUGUGCAUGAAAAGCCCUUCAUCAGCGUCGAGUGGCUCAAGGGUCCCGUCCUGGAGGCCACGGCAGGAGACGAGCUGGUGAAACUGCCCGUGAAGCUGGCAGCAUACCCGCCACCGGAGUUCCAAUGGUACAAGGACAGAAAGGCAGUGUCAGGGCGCCAUAGUCCACACGUUCUGGUGCUCAAGGAGGUGACGGAAGCCAGUGCGGGCAUCUACACCCUCGCCCUGUGGAACUCCGCGGCCGGCCUGAGGCGCAACAUCAGCCUGGAGCUGGUGGUAAAUGUGCCUCCCCACAUCCACGAGAAGGAGGCCUCCUCCCCCAGCAUCUACUCCCGCCAUAGUCGCCAAGCCCUCACCUGUACUGCCUAUGGGGUGCCCCCUCCUCUCAGCAUCCAGUGGCACUGGCGGCCGUGGACCCCCUGCAAGACCUUCACCCAGCAUAGCCUCAGCCAGCGGCGGCAGCAGCGAGACCAAAUGCCACAGUGCCAGGACUGGAGGGAGGUGACCAUGCAGGACGCUGUGAACCCCAUUGAGAGCCUGGACACCUGGACUGAGUUUGUGGAGGGCAAAAAUAAGACGGUGAGCAAGCUGGUGAUCCAGGACGCCGAUGUGUCUGCCAUGUACAAGUGCGUGGUCUUCAACAAAGUGGGCCAGGAUGAGCGGCUCAUCUACUUCUAUGUGACCACCAUCCCCGAUGGCUUCAGCAUAGAAUCGGAGCCAUCAGAAGAUCCUCUAGAGGGACAGGCCGUGCACCUGAGCUGCCGGGCCGACAACUACACUUAUCAGCAUUUGCGCUGGUACCGCCUCAACCUGUCCACGUUGCAUGACGCUCACGGGAACCCACUGCUGCUCGACUGCAAGAACGUGCACCUUUUCGCCACGCCGCUGGCCGCCAGCCUGGAGGAGGCAGCGCCCGGGGUGCGCCACGCCACGCUCAGCCUGACCAUCCCCAGCGUGGCACCGGAACACGAAGGCGACUACGUGUGCGAGGUGCAGGACCGGCGCAGCCACGACAAGCACUGCCACAAGAAGUACCUGUCAGUGCAGGCCCUGGAAGUCCCGCGGCUCACGCAGAACUUGACCGACCUCCUGGUGAAUGUGAGCGAUUCCUUGGAGAUGAGGUGCCCGGUGGCCGGGGCGCACAUGCCCAGCAUCGUGUGGUACAAAGAUGAGAGGCCCCUGGAGGAAGAGUCCGGAAUCGACCUGGCGGACUCGAACCAGAGGCUGAGCAUCCAGCGCGUACGCGAGGAGGAUGCCGGGCGCUAUCUGUGCAGUGUGUGCAACGCCAAGGGCUGCGUCAACUCCUCCGCCAGCGUGGCCGUGGAAGGCUCCGAGGAUAAAGGCAACAUGGAGAUCGUGAUCCUUAUUGGCACCGGGGUCAUCGCCGUCUUCUUCUGGGUCCUCCUCCUCCUCAUCUUCUGUAACAUGAGGAGGCCAACCCAUGCAGACAUCAAGACCGGCUACUUGUCCAUCAUCAUGGACCCUGGGGAAGUGCCUUUGGAGGAGCAGUGUGAAUACCUGUCCUAUGAUGCCAGUCAGUGGGAGUUCCCCAGGGAACGGCUGCACCUUGGGAGAGUCCUCGGCCAUGGGGCCUUUGGGAAGGUGGUGGAAGCCUCGGCCUUUGGCAUCAACAAGGGCAGCAGCUGUGACACUGUGGCCGUGAAAAUGCUGAAAGAGGGCGCCACAGCCAGCGAGCACCGUGCCCUGAUGUCAGAGCUCAAAAUCCUAAUCCACAUCGGUAACCACCUCAACGUGGUCAACCUCCUGGGGGCGUGCACCAAGCCCAACGGCCCCCUCAUGGUGAUCGUGGAGUUUUGCAAGUACGGCAACCUCUCCAACUUCUUGCGCACCAAGCGGGAGGCCUUCAACCCCUACGCGGAGAAGUCCCCUGAGCAGCUAAGGCGCUUCUGCUCCAUGGUGGAGGGUGCCAAGGCUGACCGGAGGAGGCCAGGGAGCAGCGACAGGGCCCUCCUCACAAGGCUCCUGAUGGGCAAGGGCGGGGCAGGACGAGCCCCUCCGGUCCAGGAAGCUGAGGACCUGUGGCUGAGCCCACUGACCAUGGAAGACCUUGUCUGCUACAGCUUCCAGGUGGCCCGAGGGAUGGAGUUCCUGGCCUCUCGCAAGUGCAUCCACAGAGACCUGGCUGCUCGGAACAUCUUGCUGUCAGAAAGUGAUGUGGUGAAGAUCUGUGACUUCGGCCUGGCCCGGGACAUCUACAAAGACCCUGACUACGUGCGCAAGGGCAGCGCCCGACUGCCUCUGAAGUGGAUGGCCCCCGAGAGCAUCUUCGACAAGGUGUACACCACACAGAGCGAUGUGUGGUCCUUUGGGGUACUGCUCUGGGAGAUCUUCUCCCUGGGGGCCUCCCCAUACCCUGGGGUGCAGAUCAAUGAGGAGUUCUGCCAACGGCUGAAAGAAGGCACCCGGAUGAGGGCCCCAGAGCUGGCCACUCCUGCCAUACGCCGCAUCAUGCUGAGCUGCUGGGCCGGAGACCCCAAAGAGAGGCCUGCAUUCUCAGAUCUGGUGGAGAUCCUGGGGGACCUGCUUCAGGGCAGGGGCCAUCAGGAAGAGGAGGACUGCGUGGUUUCCUGUGGCUCUCAGAGCUCAGAGGAGGGCAGCUUCUUGCAGGCGUCCACCACGGCCCUGCAUGUCAUGGAGACCGAUGCUGACAUGGAGGACAGCCCACCGAGCCUGCACCGGCACAGCCUGGCUGCCAGAUAUUAUAAUUGUGUGUCCUUUCCGGGAUGCCUUGCCAGGGGCACUCAGACCCAGGGUCCCUUCAGGAUGAAAACGUUCGAAGAAUUUCCCAUGACCCUGACAACCUACAAGGCCUCAGUGGAUAGCCAGACGGACAGUGGGAUGGUGCUGGCCUCCGAGGAAUUUGAGCGGCUGGAGAGCAGGCACAGACAAGAAAGUGGGCUCAGCAGCUGUAAAGGACCAGGCAGGAAUAUGGACGUGACCAUGGCACACCCUGACCCCCCAGGGAGGCGGCAGAGACCAGACCCAGGGGCCCAGGGCCAGGUGUUCUACAACAGCGAGUAUGGGGAGCUGGCAGGGCGACCAGAGGAGAGCGAUGGCAUCCCAUCUGCCCAAGUGCCCUUCUUCACAGACAGCAGCUACUAAGGCAGCUUCGGGCAAGGCCCACUGGACCCUGGGCUCCAACAGUUGGUGGGGACCGUGCCUGGCCAGCGAGCAGAGGGCUGGAGGCCCAGGCUGGGAACUCAUCUCAUUCGGUCUGGGGAAGAGCAAAACCCAGGCUCCAGGGCUCUCUUGAACUCCAUCACCAUGCUUGCCCAGGACCACCCUGCUGAUCCCUGGGGCCCUUCUCCCCUUCAGAUUCAGAUUCCACUUAGCUCAACAUCCACAGGGGCCAGCCCUGGGUCGGGCACUCUCAUGGGAAAUAUCUCUUUGGGUGCCUCCUCUCAUCAUGGUGGGUGGUGUGAUCCCUGAUUUCUGAUGAGGAAUAUGAGGGUCUGAGAAUCACAUAGUAAUCAAGGUUCAGCUGUGGUCUCCCAGCACCCACCCAAAAUGCUGCCCCCUCCAUGCAGCCUCUCUUCCCGUGGGAAUGGCUUUCUUCACUUGCCACUCCAAGGCUCAAGAGAAGAUGCAUAUGGCUCAAAGAUGCAUUCCAGCUCAAAGCAACAAAUGAGAAAUUUGUAGGGGCAAUGGGGGUGUCCUCUCCUGAGCCUGGCCAAACAGCUCAGAGUAGCCAUCUCCGCAGUGCCGAGCCAGUUACAGCAAGCCUUCUUCUCCUGUGUGUUGAGAAGUACUAUUCAACAUUGUUUUUUUCCUUAGAACUUCAGAGACUAUUUGAGAUGCUGUGAAGAAUUUACUUUUUAAAACUUCCGUCUGAAGGGAGCCCAGGGAAGGUUUUUCUGAAUCUGGACGAUCCUUGCCUCUGACACCCAGUCAAGUGCUGUCAUAACAGACCCCACUGUGGCCACCUCUUUCUGGAGAAAGUCCCCAGCCUCACCUGCCUAGCCCAGAACUGGAAGAGUCACCCGAUGGUCUAGAGCUGCCCCAUUUGAGAAUCACCUGGUUCUUCCCUCUGGGACUUAGAUCUGCCACCCAAGGCACCAUCCAAGCUGUGAACAACUUUAUGAGAGGCAAGCACUGUGGGUUCCACCGAGGAAGGCUUUGGGGUUGGCCCAGAGGACACACCAGCAUAGCUCUGUACCAGGAGGCAAUCACUGGAUGUCCCUGUGGCCCCAGGGAGGCCCUGUCUUCUGCCCCCUGAUCUGUACCUGACAUCAGUGCCCUGGCAGGUCAAGCCUCUCUCAGAGAACAGCAGAGGACCAUCUGGAGGCUGGAGCCAUUCUGCCCAGGGCCCCCCCCUCCCCAGCCCAGUUCACACUCCCUAGCUACCCACACCCCUAGCAGGAGAAAGACCCUCAUCCCAGUUAGCACCACAAUGUUUGACACCCCACCCCCACCCCAUGAGACGCUUGCAGGACAGGCGGCCGUGCAGCGAGCAGGGGCUUGCCCGGCAGGAACCCCCCCACAUUGUGUAUUGUUCCUUUAAGAUAUGGUGAAUGCAGGUAUGACUGUCCCCAGUGGACCUCCUCCUCUGAUGUCACCUGCCUGUGAGACUUGGGUCUCAGGUUUACCUGGUGGAAGUCCAGAGGCUGUUUUCAAUCAGAGGAGCAACUCAUGAUUUGCGUGCAGGGGCCCAGGCCUGAGACCCCUCCCCACAUGUGUACCACCUGUUUGUGUUUGUGUCACUUAUUCUCCUGUCACAUAACUGCACACACAAAAAUGUACUGGGGAGAAAAUCUACCCCCACCCCCCCUUGUAGAACAUAUGCU